AUAUGCUAAAGGCUACCCACCUUACUCUCCAUACAUAGGAAGUUCACCCACUUUUUGUCAUCUCCUUCAUGAAAAAGUACCAUUUUGCUGCUUAAGACUAGACAAGAGUUGCCAGCAUAACUACUAUGAGGACGCAAAAGCCUAUGGAUUCAAAAAUAAGCUAAUUAUAGUUGCAGCUGAAACAGCUGGAAAUGUAUUGUAUAAUUUUAUUGUUCCUCUCAGGGCUUAUUAUAGACCAAAGAAAGAACUUAACCCCGUAAUACUGCUAUUGGAUAACCUGCCAGACAUGCACUUUCUGGAUGCCAUCUGUUGGUUUCCAAUGGUUUACUACAUGGUGGGCUCUAUUGACAACCUCGAUGACUUACUCAGGUGUGGAGUGACUUUUGCUGCCAACAUGGUGGUCGUGGACAAAGAAAGCACCAUGAGCGCCGAGGAAGACUAUAUGGCGGAUGCCAAAACCAUCGUCAAUGUGCAGACCCUGUUCAGGUAAACGUCUGGACAGCCCGCCCCUUCCGCUGACUUACUGCUAACCGU